AACACUGGCAUCAAAUUGACAAACAACUCAGUAUUCAGUUAAGCAGUCGAUUCAACAACAGCUUAACUAGUGUAUUAAUUUUAACCCAACAAACAGUUCCAACAAUCAAAAUGCGGAGUCAUACUUUGGCCCUAGGUGCCUUAUUACUUUUGUCCAUCGCAUGGGCUACAAAUGCGAAAAGUGUUGUUUGCUACUAUAAUAGCAAAGGUUUUCAUCGAGACGGCCAAGCUAAAUUUCGACAUCUUGAUUUUGAUGCAGCUCUUCCAUAUUGUACCCAUUUAAUUUAUGGUUAUGCUGGUAUUGAAGCUGAUACACACAAAAUUACUUCUUUGGAUUCAAUGCUUGAUCUUCCUGCUGGAAAUGAUAAUUACAGAGCGAUUACAAAAUUGAAGAGCCGUUUCCCAGCUCUAAAAAUUUUACUUUCAGUUGGUGGAAAUGCUGAUACAGAUAAAAGCAAAUAUUUGAGUUUGCUUGAAUCGGCCGAAGCACGCACAUCGUUCGUAAAUUCCGCUUUUAGUUUUAUUCGUGUCUAUGGAUUUGAUGGCCUUGAUUUAGCUUGGGAGUUCCCAGAAACAAAACCAAAACGUAUUCGUGGUACCUUCGGAUCCAUUUGGCAUGGAAUUAAGAAGACAUUUGGUACAACUAAAAUUGAUGACAAUGAAGAAGCACAUCGUGAACAGUUUGCAGAUUUAGUACGUCAAACUAGAGCAGCCUUCAAACCAGAUAAACUCAUGUUAACAGUUUCUGUAAUUCCAAACGUGAACAAUUCAAUUUACUUCGAUGUUCGAAAAAUUAUCCCAGAAGUUGAUCAAGUACAUCUUUUAGCGUACGACUAUUAUACACCUGAACGCAAUCCAAAAGAAGCUGAUUACUCAGCACCAUUGUACGAAUUAAUCGACCGUAAACCAGACGCAAAUGCAAAUGCAGCUGUUCGCUAUUGGUUGGAUCAUGGUGCACCUGCAACAAAAAUUAUUCUUGGUAUUCCUACGCAUGCAAGAACAUUUAAAAUGACAUCCGAUUCAGUUGUGUCUGGAGUACCACCACUAACCAUUGAUGGACCAGGUGAAGCUGGCGCAUAUACCAAAGAAGAAGGUCUUUUAAGUUAUGCUGAAGUUUGCACGAAAAUUAAUUCACCAGUUAGUACUAAAGGAGCCGCUGCAAAAUUACGCAAAAUUGGAGACCCAACAAAACGUUACGAAGGCAAUGAUACUUUAACACAUUAUCCUGACAUUCCAAAACGAUACGGUUGUUAUGCAUUCCGAUUACCUGAUGAAAAUGAAGAACAUGGUAUUUGGGUUUCAUACGAAGAUCCUGAUGUAGUAAAGGAAAAAGCAACUUACGCUAAACAUAACGGUCUUGGUGGAAUCGCUUUUAAUGAUUUAACACUUGAUGAUUUCAAAGGUUUAUGUACCACAACCAAAUAUCCACUUUUGAUCGCAGGUAGAUCUAAUUUGUAAAUUAACAUGUUUAAGACUAAUAUUAUUUUAAUUUAAAGUUUAUU